GAAGCCACAUGUUGUCAUGUGACCCAACACGGAAGACCACUCUGCAACUGUACGAAGUAAAGUAUAUUGAAGGUCUCGAUAAACAACUUUAUUCAUUCGUUUAACUCAAAUAAUACACAUCUAAUCAGCAACAGUAGCGUUGCAUAUCUGUAUUUUGGCGUUUUGAAUGUUCUUGAAAACCUGCCAUCUCAUAUCUGUCAACAACGUUUUUACAAGCGUGUUCGGUGCUGCUGUCAUGACAAAAAGACGGUGCGACUACAAGUGAAUUGAGGAGAGAUUCGGAGAUACCAACUAGAAAAGGCAAGUAGGCUACCCGCUCGUUUCAGUCCUAUCGAUUCGUCCUUGUGGGUUGUUUGAGUUGGCGAAGGACAUCGUAGCAGUCCCUCGUCGCUGCCCCGGUUGAAUGCCACGGGGCUGUGCCAUCAUAGAGAGACGGCAGUUUGCAAUGCCACUUCCAGUUAUGGCAGAGUCGGUGGACCACCAGAAACGCUUCCAGGCCGCGGUCGACGUCAUUCAAAACCUUCCCAAAAAUGGUUCCUACCGCCCCUCCUAUGAAGUGAUGCUGCGGUUCUACUGCCUGUACAAGCAGGCGGUGUGCGGACCCUGCACAGUGCCCCGACCAGGCUUCUGGGACCCAGUAGGUCGCUAUAAAUGGGAUGCCUGGAGCCGACUAGGGGAGAUGAGCAGUGAGAGUGCCAUGGCGGCCUACGUUGAUGAGAUGAAGAAAGUGGCACAAGAGGUUAUUGACACAAUGCCCAUCAAUGAGAAGACUGCAUCACUGUUCCACCACUUUGAGCCCCUCUACGUGGUCAUCCACGACAUGCCCCGGCCACCAGAUACUCUGCUGGACCUAAGAGAAGACGUUAAGGGCAUUGACAAGGCAGCCAGUCCAGUGGAAGUUGAACAAGAGAGGGAGACCCAAGAAGAACUUGUCCCAGAUAAGGACCCUGCACUAGAAGAAGAGCCUGCCCUGGAGCAGGUGCCUGUCCCAGGAGUAGAACCCGUCACAGAGGAGGUACCUACCCUGGAAAAGGUGGCCCUCGCAGAGAAGGUGCCUGUCCCAGAAGAGGUGCCCAGUCAGACACAACAACAACCAGUCACCUCCACCAGUGAACCUCAGGGCUUCCUCUUUCCAGAGCUUGUUCCUGAGCUUGUUCCGUCUGAGGCCAUGGGGUCGUCUGAGGUGUUGUUGUUGACCAGCGACUCAGAGAGUGAGAUCUUCGUUGACUCUGUGGACUCUGUGGAAAAGCUGGACAAUAUUAAGGUUGUUUUAGUCCCCAAGUCAAAGUCAAACGGCCUCCAUAACGGCUAUGCUUACUCAGAGCCCUCCUCAGUCCAAGCCAAUCACACAGAGACGGUCUGCCAGGCAACGCAGGUGGGGGCAGGGCAAGGUGGAGAGGGGGCGGGGGAUGGAGGGGGACCGCCCAUGAGGAGGAGUCGGGAUGCAGGAAGAGACGGGAUGAGGGACCACGGAUGGAGAGAACGUGGUGUUCCCCAGGGCAGCCCCAGGAGGGCGGGGAGAGAGGCCCUGGGGGCAGGGGGAGGGGCUGGCCGAGGGGGAGGAGACGGCUCAGAGGGAGGGGCUGAGAGGCUGCAGGACAUCCAAGUGCAGCAGCAGAUCCUGCUGGCCCUACGGAGGCUCAGGGAGGACAUGCGGAGCGUCAUGGAGAGACUGGAGGCAGUGGAGAGACUAGCCGCAACACAGGCCCAGAAUUCAGACUGGAGACCAUGUCUUCGGUGUGCUGCCUCAGCCGCCCAGUCAGAGGAGGAGAGUUGGUGGCCGUUCCCUGAAGUAUCAGGACGGGCGAUGCUGCUUCUGCUGCUGUGGCCCCUGGUGGCUCAGGGUCUAGUGUUUCUACUGCGGAGGGGCCAAAAGAAGGCCCGUAUCUCUACUUGAAGCUAACGGACCACAAAGUAGUCCCAUAUCUCCCCCUUAGGAAUCCAUUGGAGGAAGAAGUAUUUCUGAUUUAUUUCAAUAGGACUCUAUGGGACAAUGGAGGUCGUAAGCAAAUCUGUUUUUGGUGUCUUGCAAACUCCUAUGGUCAUUGGUGUGACAAUGACCAUAGGAGACAGCACAAACAUAUAUGGGACAAUGGAGGUUGUGUAUUUCCACAUGAAUCCACUAGAAGAAGUUGUUGGCACAGUCCUAUAGGACAUUAUUGGAGGACAUCGCUCAAGAAGCUGGGAGAAACAUGAACAUGUUUAAAUGGCAAAUGUAUCACGUGCUGUUCUUUUAACCUUCAGGUUGAAGGACCUGGUCCCGUAUCCACAAAGAGUACUGGAAUUGGAUCAGUUUGCCUUUUAGAUCAUAAUGGAAAAGAUAACAUGGAAAGGGGGUACCUGAUUCAAGAUCAGACACUGCUACUGUGAGACUCUUUUUGAAUACGGGAUACUGAUCCACUUUGGUGUUCCUUGUCCCCUCACUAACACUAAUAAAUCAUGAUUUAAUUUAUAGCCAUUUAAUCUUAAUCACAGAAUUAUUUUCAAAUAAAUAAUCGGGUUGAAUAA